ACGCGAUCCGCACGUGCCUCUCUAGACUAGUCUCUCUCCCCGUCUUCCGCCGCGUCAGAUCACGCGCCGCUCCCCCCGGUCGCCCUAGCGCCGCCACCAAACGAUCCCCCAAACCACGAGACCACCCGCGGCGGCUGGCCGGCGCAGGGAUGGGCGACGAGGCCAAGUACCUGGAGACGGCGCGGGCGGACCGCUCCGUGUGGCUCAUGAAGUGCCCCCCCGUCGUCUCCCAGGCCUGGCAGGGCGCCUCCUCCUCCUCCGGCGAUGCUAACCCUAACCCGGUCGUCGCCAAGGUCGUGCUGUCCCUCGACCCCCUCAGCUCCGCCGAGCCCUCCCUCCAGUUCAAGAUGGAGAUGUCUCAAACUAGUGUAGCCAGCACUUGCAAUCUACCAAAGAGUUACUCCUUGAAUAUGUUCAAGGAUUUUGUACCCAUGUGUGUUUUCUCUGAGACUAAUCAAGGAAAACUCUCAUGCGAAGGAAAAGUCGAGCAUAAAUUCGACAUGGAACCUCACAAGGAUAACUUAUUAAACUACGCGAAGUUAUGCCGUGAAAGAACACAAAAGUCGAUGGUUAAAACUAGAAAAGUGCAGGUACUUGAUAAUGACCACGGAAUGAGCAUGAGGCCCAUGCCUGGCAUGGUUGGUCUGAUAUCUUCUAGUUCCAAGGAGAAGAGGAAGCCAACGCCAACCAAACCAUCCGAUGUCAAAAGGACACGUAGGGAUCGCCGGGAACUGGAAAACAUUAUCUUCAAGCUUUUCGAAAAGCAGCCUAACUGGGCACUGAAGGCUCUAGUGCAAGAGACUGACCAGCCAGAGCAAUUCCUCAAGGAGAUAUUGAACGACCUCUGUAUGUACAACAAACGAGGGCCAAACCAGGGCACGCACGAGCUCAAGCCCGAGUACAAGAAGUCGUCUGAGGACGCUGCCGGUGCCCCGUGAAGAUGAUCUAUCUGUUUGGCGGCUGUUGUGUAACUGUGAUACCAGGAACCUGUUGGCUUGAUGUGCGGAACUAUGAGUUGUCUAUGUGAAGCCUCCAGUCAUGCUUGGGCUGCAUUUGCUUGCUUUUUAUUAAGAGGCAUUGUUGUAAUUGUAUGGGUAUAAGAUGAUACAUAUACAACACAUGUCACAGAGAGGAAAUAGAUCUACUGAUAAACCA